UGCUACGUUGAGUGAGGGCUCUUGGGUUAGUUCCUGUUAGGCCCCGGCCGGGGGAGUAGGUUGAAGUCUCCUAAGAUGCCCGGUGGGCUGGGGCACUGAGAGCUGUGAAGAAGGCGUCAGGAGGCGGCGAGGGACGACCCGCGGCAGGCCCGAACAGGAGCGGCGGCGGAGCCCGCCUUCCCUGCACCAUGCUCAUAGAGGAUGUGGAUGCCCUCAAGUCCUGGCUGGCCAAGUUAUUGGAGCCGAUAUGUGAUGCUGACCCAUCAGCCUUAGCCAACUAUGUUGUAGCACUGGUCAAGAAGGACAAACCUGAGAAAGAAUUGAAAGCCUUUUGUGCCGAUCAACUUGACGUAUUUUUACAAAAAGAGACUUCAGGUUUUGUGGAUAAACUAUUUGAAAGUCUCUAUACUAAGAACUACCUUCCACCUUUGGAACCAGUUAAGCCUGAGCCAAAACCACCAGUCCAAGAAAAAGAAGAAGUUAAAGAAGAGGUAUUUCAGGAACCAGCAGAGGAAGAACGAGAUGGCAGAAAAAAGAAAUACCCUAGUCCCCAGAAGACUCGUUCAGAAUCUAGUGAACGAAGGACACGUGAGAAAAAAAGAGACGAUGGCAAGUGGAGAGACUAUGACCGGUACUAUGAGCGGACUGAAAUGUACCGUGAGAAGUAUGACUGGAGAAGAGGCAGGAGUAAGAGCCGGAGUAAGAGCCGAGGCCUGAGUCGAAGUCGGAGUCGAAGCCGGGGGCGCAGCAAAGACCGGGAUCCCAAUAGGAAUGUUGCAGAACAUAGGGAAAGAUCAAAGUUUAAGAGUGAGAGGAAUGACUUGGAGAGUUCCUACGUGUCUGUGUCUGCACCACCUCCGAACUCUUCUGAGCAGUAUUCCUCUGGGGCACAGUCUAUUCCCAGCACUGUUACUGUGAUCGCACCUGCACACCACUCUGAAAACACAACGGAGAGUUGGUCUAAUUACUAUAAUAAUCAUAGCUCUUCCAAUUCUUUUGGUCGAAACCCUCCACCAAAGAGGCGAUGCAGAGAUUAUGAUGAAAGAGGAUUUUGUGUACUUGGUGACCUUUGUCAGUUUGAUCAUGGAAAUGAUCCCCUGGUUGUUGAUGAAGUUGCUCUGCCAAGCAUGAUUCCUUUCCCUCCGCCUCCUCCUGGGCUUCCUCCUCCACCACCUCCUGGAAUGUUAAUGCCUCCGAUGCCAGGCCCAGGCCCAGGCCCAGGUCCAGGUCCUGGCCCAGGCCCAGGCCCAGGUCCUGGCCACAGUAUGAGACUUCCUGUUCCUCAAGGACAUGGCCAGCCUCCGCCUUCUGUUGUGCUUCCCAUACCAAGACCACCUAUAACACAGUCAAGCUUGAUAAACAACCGUGAUCAGCCUGGGACAAGUGCAGUGCCCAAUCUUGCACCAGUGGGAGCAAGACUACCUCCUCCCUUACCCCAGAACCUCCUUUAUACAGUGUCAGAACGACAGCCCAUGUACUCUCGUGAACAUGGUGCUGCUGCAUCUGAGCGACUUCAGUUGGGGACACCGCCUCCUCUGUUGGCAGCUCGUUUGGUGCCACCUCGAAACCUCAUGGGAUCCUCCAUUGGGUACCAUACCUCAGUCUCCAGCCCCACCCCUCUGGUCCCAGAUACCUAUGAACCAGAUGGUUAUAAUCCAGAAGCUCCUAGUAUUACCAGUUCUGGUAGAUCUCAGUAUAGGCAGUUUUUUUCAAGAACACAGACACAGCGCCCAAACCUGAUUGGCCUAACCUCUGGAGAUAUGGAUGCAAAUCCAAGAGCUGCUAACAUUGUCAUCCAGACUGAACCACCAGUUCCUGUUUCAAUUAAUAGCAACAUAACCAGAGUGGUUCUUGAACCAGAUAGCCGGAAAAGAGCUAUGAGUGGUUUGGAAGGGCCACUGGCAAAGAAACCUUGGCUGGGAAAGCAAGGGAAUAACAAUCAGAGUAAACCAGGAUUCUUGAGAAAGAAUCAGUAUACAAACACCAAAUUAGAAGUCAAGAAAAUCCCUCAGGAAUUGAACAACAUUACCAAGCUCAAUGAACAUUUCAGCAAAUUUGGAACUAUUGUUAAUAUCCAGGUUGCCUUUAAGGGAGAUCCAGAAGCAGCCCUCAUCCAGUAUCUUACCAAUGAAGAGGCCAGAAAAGCCAUUUCCAGCACUGAAGCAGUUCUAAACAACCGGUUCAUUCGAGUCCUGUGGCACAGGGAAAAUAAUGAGCAGCCAGCACUACAGUCGCCAACACAGCUGCUCCUGCAACAGCAGCAAACACUUAGUCACCUGUCACAGCAGCACCAUCACCUGCCACAGCACCUUCAUCAGCAGCAAGUGCUGGUGGCCCAGUCUCCUCCCUCAACGGUACAUGGGGGUAUUCAGAAGAUGAUGAACAAACCACAGACAUCGGGUGCAUAUGUUCUUAACAAAGUUCCUGUGAAACAUCGUCUUGGACAUGCAAGUGGUAACCAGGGUGAUGCAGCACACUUGUUGAAUCAGUCAGGUGGUGCUGGAGAUGAUUGCCAGAUAUUUUCAACUCCAGGCCAUCCAAAAAUGAUCUACAGCUCCUCAAACUUAAAGACACCUUCAAAACUUUGUUCAGGAUCAAAGUCUCACGAUGUCCAAGAAGUUCUUAAAAAGAAGCAGGAAGCAAUGAAGCUACAACAAGAUAUGAGGAAAAAGAGGCAAGAAAUGUUAGAAAAACAAAUAGAAUGCCAAAAGAUGUUAAUAUCCAAGCUAGAAAAAAACAAAAACAUGAAACCAGAAGAGAGAGCAAAUAUAAUGAAGACUUUAAAAGAGCUUGGAGAAAAGAUCUCACAAUUGAAAGAUGAGUUAAAAACAUCUUCUGCAGUCUCCACACCAUCUAAAGUAAAGACAAAAACAGAGGCCCAAAAAGAACUAUUAGAUACCGAACUGGACCUUCACAAGAGGCUAUCCUCAGGAGAAGACACAACAGAGUUACGGAAAAAACUCAGUCAGUUACAGGUUGAGGCUGCGCGAUUAGGUAUUUUACCUGUGGGUCGAGGAAAGACCAUGUCCUCUCAGGGUCGAGGAAGAGGCCGAGGCCGUGGAGGAAGAGGAAGGGGUUCACUAAAUCACAUGGUGGUGGACCACCGCCCUAAAGCACUAACAGUUGGGGGAUUCAUUGAGGAGGAGAAAGAUGACUUACUUCAGCAUUUUUCACCUGCAAACCAAGGGUCAAAAUUCAAAGACCGUCGGCUACAAAUAUCAUGGCACAAGGCCAAGGUGCCUUCUGUAUCCACUGAGACUGAGGAAGAGGAAGUCAAGGAGGAGGAAACAGAAACAUCAGAUUUGUUUUUGCAUGAUGACGACGAUGAGGAUGAAGAUGAAUAUGAAUCUCGUUCAUGGCGAAGAUGAAAUCUGAUGCGAGCUGUAUACUUUUUAGGAAUAUUGUUUAGAAGAACAACUUUUUAAAAUUAUUUAAAGAAGUCAAUGAGCCAAAAAAAUUUUUUUUAUUUUUAUUUUCAACACAGUAGGUUUAAGGACAGCAAGUUUGCUAUUUAAAUACAUCUCAUAACUGUUCAUGAUAUUAAAGCACCAAAGGCCUAGUGACUUUUACACAGUUGUGAAGAUCCACAGGAAUGACUUGGAUAAUCUCUAGAGCCUUAUUUUUCCACACCACCUGUUUUUGUUGCUAUUGGUGUUGGAUUAUGAUGUAAAUGACAGGGUGUUCAGAAAUUUUAUUUUGGAUUAUAAUCUGCUGAUAAAGUUUCAUUAAAUGUAAAAAUCGCCUGGAAUCUUUUAUCUCUUAGCUAUUAUGGAUGGGUCAUCAGAUAGUAGGAGAUAUUUGUAAUUAAAAUACCCUUUUGCUUUCAAGAGUUGUCUUGGAAGAAAAGUAAAUUUUAUUAUUUUAUUGAGGAGGAGCCCAAUUUGUAUUCAAUCUGAAUUCGGGGGGAUUUAAUGUGCAGCAGUAAGUAAUAUUUUAGUGUAAAUUGUAACUGUUCUUCAAUGCUAUAAGGCAAUGGUAGCUAGCUCUGUGGGAUUUCCAUUCUGUCAUCAUAUUAACUCUCCUGGACUUCUGCCACUGAUUUUUAGUUUGCUUUGAAAUUACUGAGCACUGGUUCAGUUGGUCCUUUUUUUUUCCUUUCUUUUUUUUAACAUUCUCAGAAUAUAAAAGGCUUUCACCUGUUGCCCCUUUCUCGUCCCCAUUUUCUUUCUCCUGCCUUUUUAUUAAUAGCCUGACUUACCCAUUAUUGAGAUAAGUGAUUCUUUUGGGCCACCAAAAGUCAGUCCCCAAUAAAAAGUUUAAACCAGCACCUUGAUAAACAAGUGAUAUUUUGAUGAGAAUAAUGGAAGGAUUUGUGGGGAGAGAGAGUCACCAGCUUUAUUUUUUUUUUUUUUAAAGCUUCACUUUAGUUAAUAGUUAUGCAGAAGGGUUUGAAAGUGUGUGAAAUUCUUUCCCUAAAUUUAAACCAUGAUGGUGAGGUGACUGGGGAUAGGUUGGGGGUGGGAUGGGGUAGGGGGAUGGGUAUGCUAGUAAUAAAUGGGAGUCAUAACUUGACUUUGAUCAGAUGACCUUAUAUUUUCAUAAUUUUGUAGCUUGUUGCUAUCCAUGAACAUAUGCAUCCUUCAGUAGACGGUUUCCUUCACUGUGUGCAUUUUUACUGUACACUGUAUAGAGUAUCUGUUAAGUAAAAUAUAUCUGUAAAUUUAUGUCCUUGUGUUCUGAAUGUUAGAUGGAAAAGCAGAGGAGCAACACUACACUGUAUUGACCCCUGGGGAAAUAAAAUGAUUAAUGUACAUAGGAUGUUACUUUUUCAAGGAUAUACACAGCUAUGUUUUUAUAGUACGUGUGGUGUGAAAAUUUGAAACCUCCUGUUGGCUUCAGAAGGUUCUUGGUGAUCACUAUGUCAAGGAUUUUGUUUCCUGAGGUGAAGACUGUUUCUCAAAAUAGAAACUAUUCACUAAGAAACUUAAAACCAUCAGGACUCUAGAUUUACUUGGCUACAAGAAGUUAAAUCCCAUGUUCUGACUAUCUUUCCUCUUCUACAUGUUUUCCUGGAAUGAUGUGUCAAACCAGGAUCAUUUUUAAGUUUUCAUGUAAUUUUCCCUUCAUAAUAAUAAGGACUUCCUCUUUCUAGGUUAUAGUUAUAUUUCUGAAAACACAAAGCUAAAAUAAGCUUAUAAAAGAAGGAAAACAUUACAGUGGGGUAGAGUAAGCAAUCUUGCUUCUUCCUCCUCCGUCAUCUCUAACGAAAUUUUCCUGAUGUCUGUGGCUCAGUUGGUAUAUAUUUUGAAAGAUUCAUUGUGGUGAAUAUUUUGAGUCCUGACAGUUUAAACGUGAUAGAGGGAACAAAGGAUUUAUAUAUUUUUUGUACAAAGUUUUUUCUUAAACUGUAUAAUUUUGUAAAUAAUUUGUUUGGUUUUUUUGUGUACUAAAACUACCAGCGUAUAGAUUUCAAUAAGAAUUGUUGUAUUUUUGUAUUUGGAAACUGAAAAUUACAGUAAAUUAAUGGAGCUGUAAGGAAAUUUUCAGUAGACUGACAAUUCAGCAGAGUGAGAUUCCUUUUCAUAUGAUUUUUUAACCUAAAAUUGACAUCUUAUUACACUCUCAGUACAGAGAGAGUUGAGGAUUUGUUUGACCUUUUUAGUUCUUGGGGGAGAGGGGGGUGAAAGAGAAGGAUGUUAAAGUGAAGAAUAGCUAGACACUUUUUCGAGUAAGUUUUGAGGCCCUUUAUAUAAAACUUAGUUUUCAAUACACCUAAAAUACUUCAUAAACGUCUUUUCCUAAGACUUCUAAAACAUGUUUGACUCUCAAAAAUGUAUUCAAAAUAUGUGUUAAUAUAAUAUUAGAAAAUUUAAGUUAAGGUUAGCAUAAACUAGUUAAAUGUAUAUAUUUUUUCCUUUAGGACUGAGAUCCCCAAGCAUUAGAAUUUCUCUUAAAAGCAAGUAACUAUGACUUGUUUUCUUGGCAUCUUCACUUACAGAAAUAACAUAUACCAUCUGAGGCAAAUUCUGUUCUUUUUAAUGUGUAUGACAUCUUUCUAAGUAGCCGUUGAGCAAUAACAACCACCAGCCUGGCUCGGUCAUCUUGGUUUACUAGUGGAUUGCUGCCCAGGCUUAAGAGGUAACCCCAGGGAAUGCAGAAUUUCCCUCAAUUUCUUCAUGCUGUAACAUUGAGAAAACGUCAGUAGCUAAGGUGAUAAAUUGGAAAACGUCUUGUUAGGGUGAAAAAAAGAGGUCCAUGCUGAUGGAUCAUUAUUUCAAAAAAAAAGAAGAAAAAAAUCAUGUGAAAAGGAAUAGUGGUUCCUCUUGAUGUAUAGUAUGCCUGUAUUAUAGUUUUUACAAAAUUGUGAACUUGUGUAAUAGUAUAAUAGGAGAUAUUGUUGAAUUUCUAACUGUUUAUACAUUUAAAUUCAUAUAUGUAAUGUUUGUUUUAUCGAUUACAAUCUGAAUUUCUAAGAAGCAUGUUGACUUUUGCAAUAAAGAUGCAAUAUGGAAUGGUUCACAAUUGAAAAAAAAAGAUAAAAGUGUUGCAAAUUUAAAAGAAUUUGGAAAAUUUAUGAACCAUUCCAAAAAUUAUAACAAUCACCAAAAGAGCUGUAAUUCUGGCUUGUUCUGGAAAGAAAGAAAACGUAUGUGUAUGCUUGCUUGAGUGUGAGAAUGAAUGAGUGAUGGAUAUGUGUGUGUGUGUUAUGUUGGGUUCAUGUACAUGAGAGAAUGCCACUCAAUAUGAAUUUGGGUACCGAAGUCACUGGCUAUUAAAUAUUCAGUAGAAUCACUCCUUUGACAGAGUGGUCUUGAAAAUGAAAGAGAAGGGCAU